GACGUUAGGGAGAGGCAAAAGACCGGAACUUUUUCUCACGUCUUUCUAUUUUCAUCUUCAACACGCCUAAGCAAUUCCUUUGAAUCUCCCUCUCCUACUUCUUUUUCCUUUCCCUCGAAGAACCCUAAUCUCAGUUUUAUUCACAGAUCGGGGUUUAAUUCCAGGGAAUCGGCCAUGUUUACCCGAAUUUUCGGCAAGCCUAAGCAGGAAGCCAAUGCUUUAACAACGUUGGACAAAUUAAACGAGACACUUGAAAUGCUAGAGAAAAAAGAGAAAGUACUUCUAAAGAAAGCUGCUGCUGAGGUUGAAAAGGCCAAGGAAUUCACUAGGGCAAAAAAUAAAAGAGCUGCUAUACAGUGUUUGAAAAGGAAGAGGCUAUAUGAACAGCAAAUUGAACAGCUUGGGAAUUUCCAAUUGCGCAUUCAUGAUCAGAUGAUAAUGUUAGAAGGUGCAAAAGCAACUACUGAGACAGUGGAUGCAUUAAGAACUGGAGCUGCUGCAAUGAAGGCAAUGCAAAAAGCAACGAAUAUUGAUGAUGUGGAUCAGACAAUGGAUGAGAUCAAUGAGCAGACUGAGAACAUGAAGCAGAUUCAGGAAGCAUUGUCAACUCCCAUUGGUUCAGCAGCUGAUUUUGAUGAGGAUGAGUUGGAAGCAGAACUUGAGGAACUGGAAGGCUUUGAGUUGGAGGAACAACUUCUUCAGCCUGCAACAACUGCUCCUGCAGCUCCAGUCCAUGUCCCAGCUGGCCGCCAACCAGCUCGUGCUGCUCCUCAGAAGCGCACAGCUGAGGAAGACGAACUUGCUGCAUUGCAGGCUGAGAUGGCACUUUAAGCAGUCUGGAAUGUAUACUGCUGGAUAUUCGACGUCAAUUGUUUUUCAGUUUGAACAAUUUGAGGCCAUACACACGAAUCACCUAAGAAGCUGAGACUCUUGCCAUACUGAUACUUAUAAGAGUUAUUUGCUGGUUUUCUUGUUUUCUUUAUCUUCCAGGUAUUGUUGUGCAGAAUGAAUGGAGAUUAUGUAAAGAAUCAAAUUGUAUUGAUGUGGAAUAGUGCAAAUCCUAUCGUGCAUCCAUUCUUCUGUUGUAUGGGUUUACCGGUAAACAGACAAUGUAUAUAAAGGUGGCAUAAACUAAAUGCUUCUCCUUUGUAUUCUGCCUUUUGGAGCUUCUAAGGGUUUGUUUCCUUUCACAUUUUGUGGACAAUUGUUUUAACAUUUUGUUAAGGCCUGAACUGAGAGCUUAUUUGUUAUCUCCCAUGUUAGAAGAGUAUAUUAUAGGGGUAUAUUCCAUGAAUAAAGGAUUAUAGUGUGCUUUGGAUG